AUGUCUGUCAAGGGCAACCUCUCAGAGGUGACCGAGUUCAUCUUGGUGGGCUUUCCGGGUUCCUUGGGGCUCCACCUGUGCCUGCUGAUGCUGUUCCUGCUGUCCUACAUGAUGACUGUCACAGAGAACCUGGUCAUCAUUGCGGUGAUACGCUGCAGCCCUGUACUGCACAAGCCCAUGUACAUCUUCCUCAGCAAUCUGUCCUUCCUGGAGGUGUGGUACAUCUCUGUCACUGUGCCCAAGAUGCUGCUCAGCCUGGCUGUGCCCCAGUUCCGGCACAUCUCCUUCUCUGGUUGCAUGGUGCAGCUAUACUUCUUCUUGGCGCUGGCCUGCACCGAGUGUGCGCUCCUGGGCGUCAUGGCCUAUGACCGCUACAUGGCUGUCUGCAACCCCCUGCGCUACCCGGCUGUCAUGAGCCCUGGGCUCUGCAGCCUCCUGGCUGCUGGCUCCUGGCUCUCCGGCUUCACCAUCUCCCUGGGGAAGGUCUUCUUCAUCUCCCGCUUGGGUUACUGCGGCCCCAAUGUCAUGAACCACUUCUUUUGUGAUGUGUCCCCAUUGCUGAACCUUGCCUGCAGCGACAUGUCGGUGGCAGAGCUUGUGGAUUUCCUCCUUGCAUUGGUCAUUCUGCUUGGGCCACUGCUGGUUACCAUCUUCUCCUACAUGGCCAUCCUAAGCGCUGUGCUGCGUAUCCCUUCUGCUGAUGGCCAGCAGAAGGCCUUCUCCACCUGUGCCUCUCACCUGGCAGUGGUGGUCAUUUUCUACUCAGCCUCCCUCUUCAUCUAUGCCCGGCCACGUGCCAUCUACUCCUUCAACUAUAACAAGCUGGUGUCAGUGGUCUACACUGUGCUCACGCCCCUUCUCAACCCAGUCAUCUACUGCCUGCGGAACCAGGAAUUCAAGCAGGCAUUGCACAAGGUGUUGCAGAGGGUGGCUCAGGCCCUGGGGGCCUCUUAG